UCGAAAGGAGACUUUGGAAAGCACAAUCAUAAUCAUUGGAUCAAGCCAUGGGAUUCAUGUGGAAGAUAUCAAGUGCGUCAAAGUAAUUAGUUAGAGCUUGAUGCCACGAGGCUGAAGUAACGAUGCGAGUUGCCGGGCAGUAGAAUGGAGAGUGAAGCCGUGCUUGAUUUCAAGACCAAUUGCAUACGAUUGGAAUCUGGCAAAGUGAAUGAAAGAAGAGCGGCUGCCCAGCGUGUGUAUGAGUUACUCGACCGCUCAGAUGUGCAAUCCAGUUUGGAGAGCGAUGGGAGUAGUGGCGGAGGAGAGCUUACUUGGGACCGCUUGCUGGCUCGUGUGCGCAAGUUUGUCCUGAAGGAGGCCGAGCCGACAACGUCACGAGGUCGUCCCAGCACUGCUGGAAGGAAUGCAAAGCGAUAUGAUGCGGUAAAGCUGUUCAAGCAGGUCGUGCGCAAGGCAGACCGCAAUGGUCCGCGGCUGAAUUGCAAAGAGGUCUUCCAUCACGUCCUGACCAUCUUCAAGGAUGACAACCUCUGUGCCGCGUUCGGCGCCGACUACGCGGCGGUGUUGCUGCGAGACCUGUUACCAGUGCGGCGUUAUCACUGCGAGGUCACCACAGCUAUGUGGUGCGAUCUUCUCGAAAGGGUGACCGGGUUUCUAUCGGACCGCUCGCCGCACUUUGACAGGAACGUGCUGGCCCGCCUUUUGCAUCUUCUCAUCGAGCAUGCGUCCGUCCAGUGCGGCCAUAACAUCAGGAUCAUCAAGACCGUCAUGCCCUUCUUCGACACCAUGCUGAAGUCGGCGAGCGAUCAAACGGGCAUUCUCGGCGAUGUCCUCUCCGCGUUCAACAUCCUGGCUGUGACGUCCUCGAUGAACGUCCGGGGCUACCUAUGCCGGCUUGGGGAGAGCGCGUGGAGCGAGGUCCUCAAGCUGCUGAAAAAGCCUGCGCCGACACUGCGGGACCCGCUUCUACGCUUCCUGGUGAUCCAGCUCCGUGCUCAUCAUCCGCAGGGCUGCUUCCGCGAGGACAGCGGUGGCUGGGCGGCAAACGAACGAAUGUGGCGGAAAAACCUGGCUAGCCUGUAUGCCUGGCUGCUGUCAGAGCUGGAGAGUGAAAACCGCCGUCUGAAGAAGAAGGAUACUGGUCAGAAGCCGCUCUUCAUCAUCCUGUUCGUAGAUGUCUUCCAUCAGAUGUUUCUGCAGGAGAGACAUGGCCGAAGUCAAGCCAGUCUCGUCGGGCCCCCUGCAAACUGGCAGUCACUUUGCGAGAUGAUGUCCGUCAAUGCCGUUCCAUGGUUGCAAAUCGCCACCACCUUACUGGAGACACACCCUGGCUCAAUGCCAGACGAGGAUGUCAUCCCAACCUUGGAGCAUCUUCAUCAGCUGCAGACCGACACCAAAAAACUGGAUCCAUUGGUGUGGACUGUAAAAUGCCUGACAGCGCUGGUCCCCAUCGCCAAAAAAUGCAAACCAUCGCAGACGGUGAGCCUUUCCACGGGCGGUGCGAAAACCAAUGUGUGGAAGAAAGUUUGGUCAUCUGCGUGGAGAUCGAUCAGCGUGCAUCACGCUGAGGAUCAGUGCUUCUCUUUGCUGACUGCCAUGGUCGAGAACAAACUUGUUGAGCCGGACUAUGAACCAUGGCAGGUGUUCUCCGCAGAGGGUGGAUGCUAUCCAGCAUCGAACGCAGUCAACUUCCUGGCUUGCUACUUACAGCACUACGACCUGCCGGACGAUAUGCAGUUGCGGCGCGGCUUUGCCCUGGCCGGUGUGCGCGGCAGUGAACCGCCUGAGCCCGGCAGCGCCGAGGACGUACAGUCGUCGUACCCGCUGCGCUUUCGCCUCGUGCAGUGGCUGCUCAGCAGCUUUGGCAGCACGUCCGCGCUCAGCAUGCAGCACACGAACGUGCUGACGUCGACGUUUGCGCCGUCCGGCGUCAUCGCCUCUGUGACGGCGGCGGCAAAGGGUGAAGGACGGAGGGUUGCUCCGCAAGUACUGGCCACCGUCUUGGUUGCACUCACACAUCGUGCUCCGUCAUCAUGCCAUGCAUUCUGGAACCUCUUGGCCAAGGAUUCCGCGAAAAGUAAACGUCUCUCUGUGCUGGACGACGACGGUUCAGAGGCACUGGAGUCAUUCCUGGCCGAUCAAGCGCAAAUCGAACUCAACCAUCUCCAGUCCACAUUUGACAAGCCACCCUUUGCAGUAGUUCAUGAUCACGUCGAAGACAUUUCAAAUUCUCGGUGUGAUGGCGCAUUCCUGUCCUCACUCCAAGUCUACUUAUGUACUGUACUGGUGCAGAUGUGUGGCACCGUGCCGAGCGCAGCUGCUGAUGGCGAGGGCACUAUGAUGAGCAGAGAGCGUCUCAAUGUGUUGUCAGCAAGACUGGAGCGGGAGUGUCGACUCAUCAGCCUCUCCGUUCACCUUGUCCGCCAGCUGGUGUUAUCGUCAUCAAUGACGGUCGAUGACAUUCGUGAUGCACCACUGCUAGUUCAUCUCACAGCACUUGGCGAGAGUGUUGCUGAUGGUCUCAAGGACUCUUCAUUGCUGGAGGUGGAUGCAGACACCCGUUGUCGCUCCACGGCUCGCAUUCUAACUUGUCUUCAGCCAGCGUUUGCAUGCCUUAUGGCACCUCCUGGCCUGCCCAUCGGAGAUAUGCCGCUUAUUGUGGGCAUGUGCCAGUUGUUCCAGGAUGACUUGCAGCUAGAUGCUUUACUGGAUCAGCUGUAUCGCAUAUCGACAUGUCAGUGGCCGCCUGCGCGUGGUCUGACUGCUGAUUCGGCCCGUGGCCGGUCUGUCAAGCCAAGCAGUCCCCGUGUGUCUCGGACAGUCGCGAAUGCGGAUGCGUCCUUUGACGAGGACGACCAAUUUGACAUGGACGAAACCACUGCUGUCUCGAUGGGCAGCGAGAACACGCGAGCAGCCGCAGCAAGCAAAGAGACAUAUGUUCUGCAUCCAAGUCUCCUGUCUUCGCAAGCUCGCCUGGCGGUACUGGCCACGCGCAUUCUCUCCAGCUGGGCGUGUUCAGGACUCCUGGCCAAUAGAGGCAGCGGCAGGUCGCUGCACACCAACAGAGGGCAGCUCUCGCUGUCGGGUACAACCUCGACACCGGAGGACUCGAUGAAGACGGAGAGCGCGGUGUGCACGCAUCUCUUCGCCUGGCUUGCAUCGCAGGAUAUUGACUACAUGAACCCAUGGGAUAUCCAGCAGGCGUUGGUCAUCAUGCGCGAGUUUGUCGUCUCAUCCGUACAGCUCUCUACGGACGUCCUGCGUUUGUUCCUGGACUCACUCAGGAACAUCAUGUCCCAGUAUCGGUGUGAUCAGCGUGUCAGUGCUGAAGUGCUCCACCUGCUCGCGCUCACCGUGCCGCACUUGACCCGUCUUGGCAGCGGCGAGCAGCUCGGCAAGGACCACCAGGCCACCAUUCAUCUGCUGAAUGCUUUCUGGGCUCUCUACGAAGACGGUAUGUUGGCUACGGCUGUGAAGCUGGAACUGGCUAGUUUCAUAGAGGCACUGCUCAAGGCCGAUCCCCAUCUAACUUGGGUGGAAAUCAAAGUCAAGAAUCGUUCCGGUGGGCAGCACAGCCCGUUCCACCUGGACGCGGCCGUGUGCCGACUGCUCAGCGACACCGAUCACGCCGUGCGCAUGUACGCGGUGGCCAUCCUGCCGCGUCUGUUCCUCCUCCCGAGUACCACGGCAGCCUGGCCUCGGCUGGCACUGCCGUACGCCGGCGUGCAGCGUAAAGUACAGCUGCUUGCGCUGCCACAGCACACCACCUGGGACACUUGCCUGGUUAAUGCCCGCAAGGAGCAGCAACGGCAAGUGUUUGCGCUGGCCGAGGAAGCGCUCACUGUUCUCUACGAUGACCUACAAAGCAUGGACGGUCUUCCGGAUGCUAUCUACGAGGACGAGGGUGUCAAUCGCAUCUGCAGUUCACUGGCCGCCGCCGCUCAGAUUGCCGUGUGCAGCCCGCUGUGUGAGAAGCAAGCGCUCAUGUACAUCUUCAGAAGUAGUGUGGACGAUGAGGAGAUUGUGCCAUGCAAGGUCCUUGGUCUGAUAUCGCAGCAGAUGGGACACAGCAGUACAUCUCAGUACCUCAGCCAUCAUACCGAGUAUCUGCUACAUCAGUGGCGCUGCGAGAAGCAGAAGCUGUCCGUGUUCCCCUACAAGCUGUAUGGAAUGUCGUCGAUCCUUGACUUCUAUCGGCAGCACUUAUCACAAGUUGUGCUGCAUCUACUGGUGCGCUGUGACGAGGGAGAAUUGACGGCAGUCGCCCAGGAGUUAGGCAGUGAGUGGCCUGAGCUGGUGGAGCCUCACAUAGGCAAGUUCACCGUGUUGACGUUGCCGUGUUUUGCCGCCGAGGCCACUGACGGCAGCACUGCUGAGGCGAACGACGACGUCUCCCAAGCAGCCAUUCGGGCCGACGCUUUUCUGCGCGAGAAGCUGAGUAAAGAGGCUGUUGACCGCCUGUUCACCCGGCAGAUUGACGAAUUUGUUGUGCAGCUACUCCUGCACGUUCACAUAUCUCCCGGGCAGACAGGCGAAUACUCUGCGUUUGCCAGCUCCACUGAUGCUGAGCCCAACCCGCCCGUGUACACCGUCGCCCAGGCGAAAGCAACGCUGCACUACAUGUCACAGUUCCAUCACUCCGAGCAGCCGUCGCUGCUGGCCUGCCUGUCGCGCUGGCGCGACUGCAUUCAGCGCAUCGUCCUGUCCCUGCAGCUGCAGAUGUACCAUGCGCACCACUCGGCUCAGCGCCGCCGCUACUUCCUCCUGUACGCAAUCUUCAUGGAGAUCGUCUUCAAGGAGGCGUCGCAGAAGCUCGCGCUGGCCCGUGUGUUUCUGCUACGCGACAUCGUGCACACGACCGUGCAUCUUCUGCAGCAGACGCCGCCGUUUGAGACGCACACCGCGCAGGGCUCUGCGUGCACGCCAACGAACACGCAGCGCUGUCAACUGCACCUGGUCGGCGCUUGCUGCCACUUGCUGACUGUUGUUUGUCGCCUGGCCGUCACCAGCAGUGUAGAUGAGCUCAGCAAGCACUUGAGUUUGAUUGUUGCCAGCUUGCUGCCCCAUGCCAGCCAGGCGACAGUGGCCGGGAAAAAGGCGCUUAGCUUGCUUGACUUCCUGAUUCGGACCAAUGCCUCACCACGUCUAUCUGAGAGUGUUGCCACACUAGAUCCACUGCCGGAUGCCCCUGAGUUCCAACGCAUGCGUGACGCUCAGCUGGAUCUUGUGGAUGGCCCGACCCUUACACUCGUCUCUGAGCUGAAGCGCUUUCUGUCUGCCAGUGCGGAUAACAAGAGUCGCUCUCGAGCGGACGGUGUCUGCAACCUGCGUGCCAUGCUGCAGCAGGAGCACGAGCAGCUGAAGCUGGUCACCAGCCGUCAUCCCGCACUCACAGGUCACUUGUCGGACGGUACUGAAACACUGGUCAUGCAUCUGAUCAGUGAGCUGAAGCGUCUUUGCGAGGUAGUCAGGUCUCCGCCACCCGAACAGUCCAAUGCAGACGCAGACAACGUCCUACAACGGCAGCAGCAACAUGUACAUGACCAACACCAGCAGCAGCAGCAGCAGCAACAUGGUCGCGCCGUUGGUAGUAGUAGCAUGCACCUUGAGGUGGCCAAGUGUCUCGGCGAGCUUGCUACGCCUGACCUGCUGACGGUUGCCAUGGUGAAGCACACCGACGACAAAGAUUUGUUCUGUGAGCGCUUCAAAGAUAGCUGCACUGACUACUGCAUAGCUGUUGUACUCCAUCGACUAAGCCAGCUGCUUGUUGAUCCCAAUGUUGAUGUAGUGAGUGCCACAGCGGAGUGUUUGAAAGCCAUUCUGGCCACGGCACCAGGUCGUAAUUUCAUUGCAACGUACGGGGAAGAGCUGGACAACCUGGUGCCCUACCUCGACCCAUUUCUACCAGGACGCAAGCAAAGGGUUUAUGAACCAGCGUCCAGCCAGCACAGUAGCUAUUCGCCUGUGGAGGUCGACAAGGACGAGCUAUGGCUGCCGUGGGCGUUGGCGCCGCACACCACACACGCCGAGUGGAUCUGCAAUCUUAGCAGCGUGCUGAUACAGUGUGGUGGCAUUGUCGACGAGGUGCUGCUCUGCCUGCGGCCAAUCUGCCGGAUAAAGGUGGAGAUGGCCGAGGCGGUGUUCCCGUUUCUCAUCCACCAUGUCCUGCAGCAAGGCGACACACACUACACGGUGCUGUCGCGCCUCGCCAGGCAGUUCUUCGCGCACUGCAGCCUCAGCUUUGCCUCGCCGAACAGCAGCGCGGCCAGCUCGGCCGCCGCUUCCUCCACCGGCCACAGCAUGUCGUACGUGGUGCGCAGUGCUCAAAGCGGUAAUCCAGCUGCUACUGCUACUGCUGCAAUGGCCUCCGUUGCCGGCGGCGGUGGCGGUGGGGAUACAGCAGUGACCUUGCCACCAGCACAGUCCAUGAAAACCAUGCUGGAUAUGCUGGCAUUCUUGCGACACCAGAACCGCCAAGUCCGUGUCAGCUCUCGCCAUGCUGCUCAGCCCACCGUCUGGGACAACAACUUCUGGCUGGAUCUGGAUUUCUUCGACGUGGCCGCCACAGCACAGGCCUGCAAGGCACCGUUCACUGCGCUGCUUUAUAUACAAAUAGGCUGUGAUGCACAGAGGCGCACUGGCUACUUGGAUGCAAAGGCCACCGGAGGUCAGGAAGAUCCAGUACUGAUUGAUGGCAGCACUCCCGAUGCUACCAAGCCUGGCGACCUCUACUCAGUGCCCAUGACCAGCUUCUUACCCUCACCGCACCGCUCUCUUCUGCUGGAAGUCUACACAUCGAUCGGUGAGACUGACAGCCUGUAUAGCGUGGGCGCAGACCUCAUGGGCAACGUUCAGACGCGUCUCUGCACGUAUGUUCAAGAGGGCGAGUGGUACAAGGCCAUCGGAACAUACAACACCGAGGUGAUGAAGAACGGUCACACCACGUACACUGCUGCUGGUCUCCUGGAGUGCUUGCAACAGCUUGGUCUUGAGCACAUCUCCAGUGUGUACUUUGAUGGUCUGCUAGCACGGCAUCCAGAGGAAGCUGCACAGGUUGCUGAGUUCCAGUACCAGGCAGCAUGGAGGAGCAUGCAGUGGGACGUGCCACAGGGCAACCGGAAUGGCAAGACUUCGGGAUAUCAUCAGUCCCUUCACAGCUGCUUGCAGUGGCUCCGAUCUUCCGAGCUGUCCUCUGUCGACAAUGCUCUGAGUGAGAUGCGCACGAGUGUGGUGGAUCAGCUCUGUUUGGCAUGCCUGGAAAGCACCCAUGGUGUCUACCCUAUACUGUCAAGACUGCAAUCACUUGUGGAGGUUGAAGAAGUCACAGAUGUGCUACGUGGCAAACUGUCACUGCAGCUUCUCAGUGACCGCUGGCAGUUGCGCACAUCACUAAUGAACGAGGAUUUCUCCACCGUGGAACCAGUACUGGCAUUACGGUCCGCUUUGCUUCAUGUCCUCUCUGAGCAUCCAAACUUCAACCAGGCGGUCACAUCGUCCACCAUUGGUGCUGCAAGUGGCAUGUUGGCUAGUCGAAGCCUGGCGCCAGUUGGUGGGAAUGCUGGUCUGGGUCCCACUUUGGUACUGACCGUGCUUAGUGAAACACUGGAAUCAACGGCACAGCGAGCUCGUGAGGCGGGACAGCUGCAGAUCGCUGAGCGUGUCAUGUUCAAUCUGCAACAGCUACACCAGGGUCCUGGUAAAGCUACCUUCAUGUCAACUAGCAAGGAGUGGCUGUGGCAGCUGGAGUACUGUCGCUUGUUCUGGGCUCGUGACGAACAUCGCACCGCGCUCCACAUGCUGCGCCAGCUAACUGACCAACUUGAUAAGAGGCAAGGUGCGAGUGAGAGUGCUGCCAUCCUGUACCCGCAAGUACUGUGUCAGUACGGUCAGUGGCUGGCGGACACGCACAACACCAGCCCCACCACCAUCAUGAAUGACUACAUGGAGAAGGCUGUGAACCUGAUGAGCUGUAUCUGUGAGAAGGCACCGAAGGCUGCUAUGGAGGCUUUCUUUGCGGUAGCUAGGUUUGCUGACAAGCAACACACAAUGCUGCUGCAGCAGAUGAGCUCCACUGAAGAGGAGGACAAAGAAGAAUCCAUCAAGAAACAAGUGGCUGAGCUUGAUCAAUUAUCCAGUGCAAGUGUUCGUCACGAGUCAACAAGAGAGGUGAAGCAUUAUGUGAGAUUGCUGAAGCUGGCGAAGGAGACCGAUUCGAAAUACCUGGAGCGUUUCCGGCUUGCGCGCAACCACUUCCUGAUCUCGUCGCUCAAGAACUACCUGCGCUGCCUGCAAGCUGGGGAUGCGUAUGACCUGCGUAUCUUCCGCUUGAUCUCGCUCUGGUUUGAUAACCUAAUGGAGAAAGAAGUGGAUGCCUUGAUGGCGGCUGAACUUCCCAGGCUUCAGUCUCGCAAGCUGCUCCCACUUCUCUACCAACUGGCUGCUCGCAUCAGCUGUAAUACACUGGAAGGCACACAGUUCCAGCAGACCGUGGCCAAGAUAAUUGAGAAGCUGUGCCUGGACCAUCCUCAUCACAGCCUCUAUGUAAUCUUGGCACUGCGCAAUGCCAACGAGGGCACUAGCAAAUCGUCGGCAGAGCUGGCUACACCACCGCCGGCCAAGCGCAUGCGUCGGCAAGUGUCGUCGCAACCCAAGGAGAACGAUUUUAGUGAUGAUAAGAUCCGCGCUGCUCAAGCGAUAGUGCAGCGCGUGGCCAUUCAGAAGCCCGUUCUAGUGGACAACAUGUGUAGACUGUGUGAAGCAUACAACCAACUGGCCUAUGAGAAUGUGCAGCAUCUCAAGGGAAAGACCGCUCAUCCCCAACCGAUGCCGUCCGGUUUCAAGCUCUUGAAAAUGAAGAAGUUAGACCUAGUCGCCGUCACGGCCAGCAACAUAGAGGUUGAUCCAGCAUGUGAGUACAAGAACCUUAUCACCAUUGAUCACUUUUUGCCAAACUUCCAUCUCGUCGGCGGUAUCAACAUGCCCAAGAGGAUUGUGUGCGUUGGCUCUGAUGGUAUCCAUCGGCAACUCCUGGUCAAGGGACAAGAUGACCUGCGUCAGGAUGCUGUCAUGCAGCAAGUCUUUGAAAUGGUCAACCAGUGGUUGAAACGGGACACUACUACCAAGAAGAGGCAGCUUCGUAUCCGUACCUACAAGGUGAUUCCGCUCUCUCAACGUUCCGGUGUAGUGCAAUGGUGUGUUGACACCAUGCCACUCGGGCAGUAUCUGGUCGUUGGUGACCAAAGUGCACAUAGACGUUACCAGCCAACUGCACCGACCAACAUGCGCUGUCGUGAAACACUGAUGAAUGCUAAAACCCCGGAAGCAAAGCUAAAGGCAUACACGGAUAUAACUAAAGCCUUCCUGCCCGUAUUCCGCUACUUCUUCUUGGAGAACUUCUCUGAUCCUUCGCAGUGGUUUGAGCACAGCUUGGUGUACACUAGAAGUGCUGCCACCGCAUCCAUUGUUGGUUACAUUAUGGGUCUUGGCGAUCGUCACUGUCAGAAUAUUCUAAUUGAUCGUCGCACUGCUGAGGUCAUUCAUAUUGACUUGGGUGUGGCGUUUGAGCAAGGCAAGGCACUACCAACUCCGGAGACAAUUCCGUUUCGGCUGACACGUGACAUUGUGGAUGGUAUGGGUCUGUCCGGCACGGAGGGUAUGUUCCGCCGCUGCUCCGAGGCCACCUUGCAGCUAAUGAAACAAUCCUGUGAAGAGCUGCUCACUAUCGUGCAGGUACUGCUCUACGAUCCACUAUACCAGUGGACAGUGAGUCCGGUGAAGGCCCGCAAGCUGCAGGGAGAUGGCGGUGGUGGAAUAGGCACGCCACAGGGCACGCAGACCAGCGGCGGAGGUGCUGUUGGCGGUGGUGGUGCCAGCGGUCAAACUGGCAACGCCUCAUCCGGCUCUCGCUCCAUGGAGUCGUCGUCAUCGCGCAAGAUGGCCGAGCACGUGCUAAAGCGCAUGCAGCAGAAACUGCAGGGCAUCGAAGAGGAAGGCGUGGCACUGAGCGUGAGCGGUCAGGUGGCCCAUCUUAUCCAGGAGGCCACCAACGAGUCCAACCUUUGCCGUGUUUUCCCGGGAUGGCAGCCGUGGGUGUAGGUGACAGCACGCCUUCUUAGGCCGCCACGAAGCCCCGAUUGUACCACUGAGCUACGCAUAGCUGUGAGUGCUUUGGUAGACUACAUGCAACUGAACAAUUGCAGCAAAUUCGCUUCCUUAUAUUAUUCUUGUACAAAAAAAACAUUGCGUAUGAAAUCUCUCUCACCAAGCAUGCAAAAACCAACGGCAUGGAUGUUCUUUAACCAUACAAAUAUGUAAAUAUUUUCUUUUCCCGCCGUGCUCCUAUCCACAAAACACACAGUUCAUUUUCUUUAGCUUUUUUACUUUUUUUUCCAGGUUUCUAUGCUCUUUUUAGUACCAGUGCACAUACAUGUGUGUGAGGCUUGACUGGCCAGAUCAAAUAAAAAUGUGGAAUAGGACCAGCUGUCCUGAAGACUUCUUCUGAAUAAGACCAGAAAAAAAGAGUAUUGUGAAAUUGGCUUGUCGGCAUAUUUACUUCAGCAGCACAUGGACACAUCCGAAAA